UGUUUGUUUCGCCCAUCCACAGACUGCUGUUCGAGCAGAUCCAUGCCAAAAUCGCGCCCUCGACCGGUGUCUCACUUUCGUGGUGUGAUAACCACGUCGUCGGCAAAAAUCACGACCACCAAUGGCAAUGGCGACCACCACACGACGUUCACCCUGAUCACCACCAAAACGACAUCGACCAUCAGCGAGUCGCAAUCGGAAACCACCUCCACGGUAACCGAUCCUCGGAGCGGCCCCGGCCCUGGACCAGGCGGAGGCGGAGGAGUUCCCCCCGGAGGAGGAAGCGGAGGUGUGGCCGCGGCAACCAACAAUCCCAAGGACCAGCUGAUGCGAAUGGGAAAAUGUUCGUUACUGUUUGAGGAAAACUACUGCCUGAAUGGUGGCAAAUGCUACAACUUUACCAUCGCGAACUCCACGAUGCCAACGUGCGAGUGUGCCGAUGGCUUCAUGGGUGAACGGUGCGAGUCAAAGUACUUGGAUGGGACUUACCUAAGUAUGCGUAAGUCCAAGAUACACAUCGAAACGGCCAGCAUCUACUAUGGCGCGUUUUUGGCACUGAUAGUAGUCCUAGUGUUGCUAUACUUCCUGCAUUGUUUCCAAUCGUCGACGUCGGUUUGCUCCGAGAGCAAACUGCUGCUGAAGAAGAGCAAGAAGGUGGUGAGUUAGCUGCUGCUAUCGUUUUCUACUGAUAAUGCUUUAGCCAAUCGUGGUCUAAAAUCUCGAAUCAUCACCUUUUUGCACACAAAACCACACAAUCACACUGAAAUCGGACAGUACGUCCAGUUGGGGCGUAUUGAUUCAUUGUUUUGUUGCCGUUAAUGAAUCUAGACUAGACUGGAGUAUACAGGAUGAGAUCCCGCAACAAUCGAAACAGGGACGAUAAAGUACAUUGAAUUAAGGCAAAAUCGCAAAUAGUGCGACAAAUUAUGGACAAAUUUAGAGAGCUUUUUCUUUUGUAAAUGUUAUAUUGUUAAGGCUUUGCCUUGAUUGAACGCAGAGCAGUAAGCGAUAGGAGAGCAAUCGGUAGAAUUGAAAUCUGAAGCCGCUCGUUCGAGUUUGUAGAACGACCUUUUGAGCGGCACUCUCCCGGAAUAGACAUAAAUGACGGAUUAAUUCGAGGGAUGUACCACAAACGAAACCACGAUCGAGCCAUGUGUAAAGAUUUGUAGCAAUAUUGGCCAGUGUAGUUUAUUAUUUUUUGUAUUGCAUGCAGGUCUUGCAUGGGAAUGAUUAUGGACGACGAGAUGGUUGCAAGUCUAGCAUAGCUAGAUCGGAGGUUUUAGGACGAAUCUUUCAGAGUAAUCUCUAUAUUUGAUCAAGAAAAAUUGCGCUGGUACAUUCGCAAAAAAAAAAACAGUUGGAAGGACAAACACAAAACCACAAGUAGCAAGAGAGAAUGCGUUGCUAAAUUAUUAUCUAAAACAAAAUCAUUAUUUUCUGCUUCUGCGUAGUAGUUUCCCACUUGUAUAAAUUAGUCACCAUAAGUAUUCCCAUAGUGUUUAAGAGAAACUAGCAUUGGCUUUGUAGACUUAAGAGCUAUAGUUUAGAGAUUAUUGUUAUCGUUUAAGAACCAAAAUUAUCGCUUCCAGUGUCAAACAACCAACCAACAACAUAACAAAAGUUCAAAACAGACGGCAAAACUAAAACCUAUAACUAACUACAGAAUAAUUGAUGUUUAAUUUCAAUUUGAAAAAUCGAAAUCAGAAAUACUCAUUCGGAUUCCAAUAGCCCAGUCGUAAAUUCAGUUUUUUUUGUUUUGUUUUUGGAAAUGUCAAUUUUGAUUUUCAUCCCCAAACCAGACCAUCAUCCCAGCACUUAUGAGCCAAAGAGUACGUUUUAGUACUUUUAGAAUUAGUAAGAAGUUGCUUAUGAUUGUUUUUUUUCUCUUUGCGCAAUACAUAUAGUUUAUACUUAUGAAAAAUAUAUAAAUAUUUCCUUAUACGACCUCUCUUCGUUUGUACGGCGCUUUUAUUGAAACAUAUGAUGUAUGGGAUAGAAAAACUUACUUACCUAUAUGUUUACAAAUCGUGUUCCGUACUUUCCCAUUCAUGGAUAUUGUGUAAGGUUUAUCCUGUCGAUUGCACUAAAUCUUAACGAACAUUCAAAAGAAAGGAAAAGAAGUAGGAAGCGCGAGAUGCAAAAAUUGUCGAAUCAGUAUUACACGUAUUAAUCCGUUAGAUUUUUUAUUUGUACAUGUAUCUACUUGUAUCACUAAACAUGUGUAUUCUUGCUAGUGAGACACAAACAAGGAUCGGUAUAAACGAUUCAAUGCUCUUUUUUUAUUAUUCGAACAGUGUGUCAAAAGGCCUAGAAACCAGUUUGAUUUCAGGUGAUUUUUUUUUGUUGGGAACUAUUCUCGCAAAUCGCGUAACGUUCAGUUUAAAUUGAUGUUCAGAAAAUUUUAGUAUAUUACCUAUACGAAUUUGGAAGUACACAUUGUUCAAUCAAUCUUCCUUCGCUUUUCAAAUCUUCAUAAUUUAGUAUGAAUACCUUUGACGAGUUACGACGUCUGCUGCCAAUGCAUGUAGUAUACAAUAUACAAUUAAAAUAUAGGUAAAAAAGCAGAAAGUUUCCAACAAAAAAAAUCAAAGUAAAAAAGCUUUUAGUAAAUUUACUGUUUGAAUCAACCCAUUUUCAUCUUUCUGGAGUUUAAUACUCAUCAACCAUAAAUUUGCACUAACCCUCUAACAAAACAUAAAUAAAACUCAAAAUCGUUUGGUUCCUAUCAACUAAUACGUUGAACAUUAAAUUAUAAAGCAUCACAAUCAUUGCUAAAACAUCACAAACAAUUAUAAAAUAUUAAACAAAAUAAUGGGAAUAUUUCCAAUUUCAGUAAAUGAUGAGAACUAUUCUCCGAUUCACGUACAUUCCAAUCUUAUUUAAUAUAGUUAUGCGAUUAAAAUAAUUAAAGUAUAUAUAUUUAAAUACCAGGACAAAACUACUUAUGAUAAACCAAUACACUAUGAAAAAACUUAUUAUGUUAGAUUUAGAUCUAAGAAGAAUGAGAGAUGUUUAAAUCUAUGACAGUUUCAAACGGAAACCGGUCGUGUGCACCGGGAACAAAGUCACGUAAACUAUAACUAAAGGACACACUAUACUCAUUUUUACACGCUUAAUCGCCUUAUCGGAAAUCGAAAAUCAAAAAUAAACUGAAAAUAACGAGCCACUUAAUAAUGUGAACAUUGCCUUCUAUUGAAAACGAAAAACAAACAUUUAAACGCGAAUAACACACAUAAAAUACAUCUACUGGAUAAACAAUAAUGCAAAAUUAUGCAUAUUUCACCAUAGACUGUCAACUCUACUUUUGUAGAGAUAAUUCUUCCGCCCACGAGAAUCUGAAAAAAAACAGUUAAGUAUAUACAUAAUAGAUGUUGCUGAGACAGCAGUACUUACUCUUUUGUUCUGUCAAUUUUGUAUCAUACAUACCUACUACAAGAAAUAGGUAACGAUUAUCUUUUGCUAAUAUUACUCUCUCUUAUUGUAAACAUUUUUUAAUAUCAAUAUAGAUUCUAUUGAUAGUACUGACACAGGAUCAAACUGAAAACAGAUAUGUUUCACCCUCAAAAAAAUGUCAGCGGAUU